AUGGAAAAUCUUUGUGGUUUGCUGAAAAUUACAGUGGUGAGAGGGGUAAAGCUCGCGGUUAGAGACGCCAGGAGCAGCGACCCCUACGUGAUUGUUAGGAUGGGCAAGCAGAAAUUAAAGACUCGCGUGGUGAAAAAAAAUGUGAAUCCCGAAUGGAACGAAGAACUUACACUAAGUGUGACCGAUCCAAGUAUUCCAAUCAAGUUGGAAGUAUAUGAUCACGACACAUUCAGCCGAGACGACAAAAUGGGGGAUGCCGAGUUCGGAAUAAAGGAGUUUAUGGAGGCCGUGAAGUUGAACUUGGAGACUGUCCCGAGUGGGACAGUGAUCGCGAAAGUGAAACCGAACAGGGAAAACUGCUUGUGUGAAGAAAGUCACAUUGUUUGGGAAUAUGGCAAAGUCACUCAACAUAUGAUUCUCAGGCUUAGGAAUGUUGAGUGUGGUGAAAUUGAGGUCAAAUUGCACUGGGUCAAUUUAGCUUAG